UACUUUGAAGGGAUGUAGCUCAUAUCCUCUUAGCCGCAGCCCUUUCCGGUUAGCUAACGCAGAGCUUUCAACUCAUAUCACAUUUAGCUACUUAAACAAUUCCUCUUUUAUAUAUUUACCCAGUCUGAAGCACGUUUUCCGACCAAACACAAACAUGGCAGAGGCCAUUCAGAAGAAACUGAAAGCGGAAGUAGAAAAAUUUAGACAGAUGGAGAAAGAUGUUAGCAAAAGCGUGUCAACCAGACAGAAGCUGGAGACGCAGCUGGCAGAGAACAACAUUGUCAAAGAGGAACUAGAUCUGCUGGACACCACAAACACAGUGUAUAAGCUCAUUGGCCCAGUAUUAGUGAAGCAAGACCUGGAUGAGGCCAAAGCCACUGUCACAAAAAGACUGGAGUACAUCAACGGAGAAAUUCAAAGGUACGAAUCACUCCUGAAAGACCUGGAAAAGAAAUCUGAACAGCAUCGAGAACUCUUGUCCAGUUUACAGCAGGAGUUUCAGAAAGCGCAGGGCCUGUCUGUCGGCAAAGCCUAACCAAGUGACCCAGCUGCAUGCUCACACACACAGUUCGAAGAAGAAUGGGUUAGGCAUGGUAUAAUGUAAAAGAUUCAACAUAAGGUUAAGUAAAUUCUGCUUGUAUCGUGUCAUUUAUUUGUUUGUUGUUACAGUGACUUUCCCUUGUUGCUAAUAAACAUUUUUUUCAUGAAA